AUGCCAUCGCCACAAAAGCCCAUGCCUGCUUGGGCAACCCCCUGUUUCAUCUCGCUCACGUUCACGAAUAUCGGAAGUAUCUUCCGUGGUCCUCUAAAAAUAACAGGCACCAAGACUGCGACUAUUCAGUCUUGGUAUUAUCUACUGGAGUCGAGACCGGCAGUUCAGGUUAAGAAGAAGGCUAGGAAGCGACAAUACCACCCAAGUGACGACGGUAGCGACCAAGGUAGGAAACGACCUACCGUGUCGCAUAACUAG